ACAAAAAAUUAUAUCAUGGGACACGAAAUGAAUCGUCCUGUCAUAGAGCUAGAUAAUAAAACACUGAUGAAUGUUUCAUUAAUUGACAAGAGGAUUUGAUACGGCUGAAAAUCUAUCCGUUACAAGACACUGAAAAUGUUGAACAAAAGUUCGCUAGGAAACUAACAUCAUCUGUAUGCUAAGGAUAUAUCACACGCAAAGAAUCCCAUAUUUGUUCUAUUAUGGAGUUACGACCACUUUCUUAGGAUUCCAGUCCACAAUCUAUCUACAACGAGGCCAUGCAUCUAGUGAAAAAGAAACUUUAAGUGUCUGAUAAAUACCACACAAUAUUAUUAAAUAAAAGUACAGAUUCCCCCAUUUCUGCAUAUAAACUGCAGUUCUAGCUUGCAAUCAAUAUUCAACAUUCAGUUGAAUGUUGAUUGCAAUAAACAAAUCAUAACAAAACAAUAUGAUCGCAAAGUAUUCUUUAGAAAAUACAAACUACAGCAACAAACAAUAUUCCUUGCUUCCCCUGUGAAUAUUUUUCCAAUUAAGACAUUUAAUAAUAAUCUUAUAUCAGUGUUACGAAAAUGAAAUAAUUAGAGUACGGUUCCUAGGAAGGCAGUGACGUUAAUUUUCAGCCGUCUGGCAUGCGAAAAAUGUUUGCAAAUGAGUUUCAAUGCCCGUCUCUGAGGUGGCCAGGUCCAAAACAUUUCUAUUCAGUACAUUCUGAAUGGAAAAUGAAACCGUCCCAGCACUCAGCGACCCGCUGGACGUGCCACGCACAAUUUUGCUCCUCAUUCACAUGUGUAUGAUAUGCCAUGGUGAAGGGUAGUGCUCACUCCCUCGGUGGAGGGUAGCGCUCACGCCCUCGGUGGAGGGUAGCGCUCACUCCCUCGGUGGAGGGUAGCGCUCACUCCCUCGGUGGAGGGUAGCGCUCACUCCCUCGGUGGAGGGUAGCGCUCACUCCCUCGGUGGAGGGUAGCGCUCACUCCCUCGGUGGAGGGUAGCGCUCACUCCCUCGGUGAAGAGUAGCAAGAGCAACAGAAACUUUAUUUAGUGUGCUAAGGAGCAUCAUCAACGCAAUAAAGUUCAUAGGAUGGGUUACAUAAAUUUAAAGAAAUGCAGAGACCCAAAAAUCUUCCUCAGUGUUACAGAGGGAAAACUUAAAUAGAAGCCGAGAAGGUAACACGACGUGAGGUAACGAUUUACAAAGGUGUGAGAACCCGUGAGAGUGAGAGCUCGCACCUUCAUCAACAUGACCUGAGAUUGUGAGGUACCUCUACGACCGUCAACAUGACCUCACAAUCACACCCUCACACUCUCCGCUUCCUCCUCCUGCUUUCCUUGUUAGGGUGUGGAGCCACGCUGGUGUUGCAAGAGGUAGAGGUCCCACAGUACAAGGAGCGUGGAUCACGUGCAGAACUCUGGUGCCGCUACAAGCUGGCCAACGCCACGCUCUACAGCCUCAAGUGGUAUAAGGGAGACAAGCUCUUUUACCAGUACAUCCCCGCUAACAACGUCACUAAGAACACCUUCUUUGUCCCGGGCGUCAAUGUUGACGUGGAGGGCAGCAACGCCGUGAUGGUGGCACUCCAGGACCUGGAACUGCGCUCCUCAGGAACCUACAAGUGUGAGGUGAUUACAGAAGCCCCGCUUUUUCACACUAAAUUUGGCGAAGGCAAUAUGACUGUCAUUGAGCUGCCGGAGAGCGCGCCAGUGUUGGACGGAGCAAAGAUGAGCUACCAGCUUGGGGAGCGUGUUCGUGUGAACUGUACCUCGCUGUUCUCCAAGCCUGCUGCCUCCCUAGAGUGGUACAUCAACGACCAGCUUGUGACUCAGCCACGAUUCCUGAAGCGAUACAAGCCCCACAAGGAGCCGGACGGCCUAGAGACAGCCGUGCUGGGCCUCACCUUCGUCACCAGCCGCGCUCACUUUCCCUCGGGUAAGAUGCGGCUCAAGUGCGUCGCCAAGAUUGCCACCGUCUACUACCAGUCACAGGAGACUUCGGUCAUCGAGACUGGUUUCCUCCCCCGCACUCAGGCUGAGGAACAUCGCCACGCUGGUCACUCCUACUUCUUCGGUAGUGGCACCAGCAGUAAUGGCGUAGCGUGGCUGCUGCUGUUCCUGGGUGCUCUCCUCAACACCUAGACUGCUGGUCCUGAUCGUCUGUUGAAGUGGUUGUGCGAACGCCAUUCUUGCUGUGGGGACGCCGGCAAUGCUCCAGAGAACGAUGCAACACAUUUCAUACGUUUGAGAGUACAGGGAAAAUGCUUUUGUCUGUUAUGUAACAAAUACGCUUAUAUGAAAUGGGUUGUCGAAUGAGUUCUUGUUCACAUUUGAAUGCGUUCAAAACAGCUGUAUAAAGUGACUAAAUACGAACUUCAUACUUAUUAUAAUGCCUCUGGACAAAUAGAACUCCAAAGCUGAAUUCGAACCCUUAGUUAUGUUUCAGUUUCCAUUUUCUGUGAAAGAAUAUGGUAGAGAGUUUCUUCUUUAACUGUAUAUCUGUAUUUGGAGAUGUAAAUAUUCACCCGAAUCAUAUACUUGUACGAUUAGUACAAGUUUGUGGCUUGUUUAGCCACUUAUGAAUACGUGAACUCCUCAAAGUCUUCUUCACAUGAAGACACUCUGGACAAUAAGAGGUGUCUUAUAAGACAUUUCUUUCAUGUUUGGAAGGAACACAUCGGAAACAUUUUUACGUCCAAAGAAACAAUUAUAUAUUGGAGCAGGAAGAACUGAUAAUUGCUGAAGGAAAUAUAGUGUACAGUUUACCAUAGAAGUCAUCGCUUACCAUUGGGUAGUCACUUAACUGUGACAGAUGGUCGUUUGGCUGAUGGGUCUAGACGCUGUUAACAGGUGAGGAGUUGAUAGUAAAACAGGCAGGAAUAAUUUAAGAUCCUUGUUAGUCGACAGGACAGAUUCCAGAGCAUCUUAUGUAGAUGUUUUUUACUAACCUUUAAUCUGUGUUCAUGGGCAUUACAUAGCAGCUGUACACUUAUGCAACACAACAUUACAUAGCUCAUUUCUAAGAAUGUAACAUAGGCAUUAGGAAGCUGUUCUAAACAUACGUAACAUGGAAAUUACAUAGCUGACAGAAGUAGUGUAUAAUUAAUAAUCAUUUAAGAUUCGAGUGAUAAAAUAAUGGUGCAAUAUCAAUUUGAACACUGUACGCCAUGUAGUGAGUCUCCUUAGGAUACAAUAGGAACUUAAAGACUGUAUCACUCUAAUAAUUGACUUACAUAAUUAAUGUUGGAAUGUCCUUUGUGUGUAAGCAUACGAAACUGCACAAUGAUUAAGUGAAUCAAAAGGCAAUAAAAUAACUCCACUGAGCAUCGAAACAGUUCACGUAGGCUAAUGCAUAUAUCCUGCUGUCACAGAAUCCAAUAGUAACUAGCCAAUUAGCUCUUUUGCCAAGAGAGUAUAUUGAACACUGCUUUAGUGAUUUGUGGGAAAAUAUUUCGUCCAAUUCAUACGUGAAGGUUCUCCUGAGCUACAGAGUAAUGCAGAAUUGUUAAGGCUCCCCAGUGUUGUGGAGGGAGUUCCUCGCCUUGUGGAAGACUCUAGCACCGUCAUGAGGCAGUGUGGAAGAUUCUAGCACCGUCAAGAGGCAGUGUGGAAGACUCUAGCACCGUCAAGAGGCAGUGUGGAAGACGCUAACACCACCAAGCGGACACAGUCACAAGCUAUGUAAGUCUCACAUAAUCGUUCCGUGUAAGGCGUGUGUGUAUUUAUUUACCAUGUAGUAUAGAGAUAACUAGCAAGAGAUAAAUAGAAAUGAUGAUAACUUAUGUUAUAAGUUAGGGUUUUAGAAGUUCCUUGUUAAAUAACACUACAACUAAUAGCAGUCCUUGUGUUCAUGCUUGCUCCUUUAGACCGUAAAGAAGCCAAUCUAGCUGUAACAUUGUAGUAGCGUGCGCACACACACACUCAUUUACUCAUUUACGUUAAUGGCCUAACUACGGAGGUGGAGUUCUAAAUGUUCGUUUGGGCAUGUGAUUCAAAAUUAAUAGUAAGAGUCGAGACACUUGAAGGUUGUAAAAUACUGCAAGAUGAACAAGACUAGCAGAAAAGUUGGUCUCAAAAAUGGUUAAUGGAAUUCAACGGCAGGAAAUGUAAGGUAAUUAAAUGGGAACAGGGGGGGGGGGCUGGAGACAAGCAGGAUGGGGUGUGUGUGUGUGUGUGUUUGUGUGUGUGUGUGUGUGUGUGUGUGUGUGUGUGUGUGUGUGUGUGUGUGUGUGUGUGUGUGUGUGUGUGUGUGUGUGUGUGUGUAUGUAUGUAUGUAUGUGUGUAUGUAUGUUCGUGUUCGCGUAAAUCCCGAGAUACGGUGUAAUGACUAAUUAGUAUAACUAAGAAAUAAAUAGAAUUAGAAAUAUAAAUAUUAAAUAACAAGCUCCUUAUUUCCAAAACAUUCUUGGAAAUCAGGUAAACCUUGGGAAUCAGGUAAAGGUAAACCUUGGAAGGCGUGAAUGAACAUAAAUGUCUAAAAAAAAUAUAGGAAUAUACUAAAAAAUGACAACGAUCAUUUAUCACUUGGAAUCACAAAAUUGAAGACUGUAUUUAUUUUGUUAUUGAUGAAAGGUGUUGAUUAAUUUUUGAGACAUGCGUUAGCAGGCAGAAAUUAUAAGGCUGUUUCUGUUGUUGCUGCUGCUAGUUUGUUGAAGGAGCUGUUGCUACAGCUUUAGUAAAAGCAGUCCUUGUGCAUUGUUAUUCUACCACCUCAUGUAUUAAACUGCGGCUGUCCAACUAGAGUUCAACAACAGGCUAGCCCCCCUUGAUUAAGGCUCGGAUAAGUUGUCCACACAUAAUAUUACAACCGGCAAGCCCUCUGUAUUAAGGUCUGAAUAAACUGUUCACAAACUUUUUGUCGCUAUAUUUUUUUUAAUUUAUAAUUUUUAUAGGUAUCACCUGUGUAUUGUGAGUCGUCUUGUUUGCUGUAUUAUUGUCUGUGAAACAAAUAAAGUCUAUCGAAGUUUA